AUGAUGCAAACCUCGGCCAGGGAUGCAGACAGGGCGGGCACGACCCGUGGAGGGCUCGAGUCCCUGGCUAGCCAGUUCGGCAGGGCCUGGGCAGGCGUCCUCCCCUCCCAAGGGGAGGCCUGGCAAAGCCUCAGUUUCCCCACCUGCAAAGCGGGAAGAUCGGUCCCCCUGCAGCGCUCGGGGCCAGGGGCCUUACCCGGAAGGGGGCGGGAAGGCAGCGCCUCCGACCAUUGGGGAGCCGCAAAGGCCGUGAGUGGCGGGCCCGGGGCGGAACAGCGCCGUUCGGUGCAGAGAGAGCGAACUCCAGCUGGACAGUUCUGGGGGUCAGAGGUCCAAGAUGGGUCUUCUGAGCUGAAGUGCCCCGUUCCUUCUGGAGGCUCCAGGCGAGAAGCCGUCCCCCGCAUAUUUUCCCGCCUCCAGAGCCGCCCAGACGUCUCCAAGCUCACGCUGCAAGCCCAGAGGGGACUGCACAGGGUCCCUUGGCUAAGGGGCCGUGGGGGAGAAGACCCUCUGGAGGUCCGCGCUCAGGCUCAAGGACAGCCGCGUGACCUUUCCUGGCCUGCCUCCACGCCACCAGGACCCAAGGACAGCAUCUGCUGGCCAGCUCUGUCCCUCCGCCGGUGGAGUCGGACCACAGCUAGGGCCGUCCGCCCUUCCGGCUGUGGCCUAGGGAUGCUCUACCAGGGGGCGCCCACACCCAGGGCAGUGCUGCGAUGCCGGGCGGGAGCGGCCCACCUUCGGGUCCCUCUCCUCCUGCGUCGUCCUGGAAACACCUUCACAGAAACGCACAGAAAUCAAGUUUAACCAGAUACCUGGGCUUCCUGUGGCUCAGUCAGGUGGACACAUAAAAUUAACUGUUAUAAGAUGAAUGGAUAAAGAAGAUGUGGUAUAUAUACA